GUAUCACACUAGGCGCUCUCUCUCAUUCUCCCCCAAAUCUAUCGAAUUCGAACUGGAAUUCAUUUCUCUAUGAGGACCGGAAUGCGGUAUUACGCCGGCGGCGAGGAUCAUCGGCAGGAAUCUCAUUUCCUCGAAGCUUGUUUUCUCUGCCGGAGGCCGCUCGGAUUCAACAGAGACAUUUUCAUGUACAAAGGAAAUACGCCGUUCUGUAGCAAAGAGUGCCGGCAAGAACAGAUUGAGAUCGACGAAGCGCAGGAGAAGAGCUGGAGAAUCUCGUCUUCGUCGUCGUCGUCGUCGUCUUCGGCGGAUAAAACCGCGGCGUCUAGUAAGAAGAAUGUGCGAACGGAUACAGUUGCAGUGGCGUGAGAUUCGAUGAAGAAAUUUUGCGAAAAGUUUUCGAAUGCGAGAGGAAAAGGUUUUUUUCUUCUCCUUCAGAUUGAGUGCAGAUUGUGGAGAUUGAGAAACGUUUGAAAUCUCUUCCUGUGGAGAAGAUCGGAUUGGCAGACGCUAUACAGAACUGUUCUGCUUUCAAUCUAUUUUUCAUUUUUUUAGGGUUUAUGAAGAUGUUGCUCUGUUUACUAUUUCUGUGGAAAAGAAAUUGAUGAUCUGCCAUGGAAAUUCUCUUCAUAAUUUUACGAAAUUAUUAAACUGGAGACGUUAUUGCAAAUAAUCAUUAUUUAUUUAA